GCAAGAGGAGAAGCAAAUGCUGCUCCAGUGGUUUCCUGUUGAAAAUGUCUCUGUAAUGUAGAUAAAUGUGAGGGAUUUUCUCUCCAAAUCCGUCUCCUAUUCGCUAAAUCUCACUUCUCCACAACGAGCCUGCGCAAUGGAACAAAGUCGGAAUAUUGAGAUGUGACAUUGCCCGCAUCUCAUCCUCGUUCUCGCUUUUAAUGACUUUAAACAAGUUCGUUUUUGCUGGGCUUUUGCAGGAGACCCAAGGGGAUGUCUGGCGGUCAUUUCUUUCAUUGGCAUUUGUGUGAUGUCUUCAAGUGUACCAUGCGCUGUCUCUCGAGCACCCACACCCUCUCGCUGGUGCUGUGCGUCCUCGCGUUGACGCCCGCGACAUUGGAGGCGGUGCCGGAGACCCUCUGCGGGGCGGAGCUUGUGGACACGCUGCAGUUUGUGUGCGGAGACAGGGGCUUUUAUUUCAGCAAACCGACAGGAUAUGGACCGAGUUCAAGACGGUCGCACAACCGUGGCAUCGUAGACGAAUGCUGCUUUCAGAGCUGUGAACUGCGGCGGCUGGAGAUGUACUGCGCGCCUUUGAAGUCCGGCAAAGCUCCACGAUCUGUACGGAGGGAAAGGCAUACAGAUAACCCAAGGACACCAAAGAAACCUACAUCUGGAAAUAGCCACUCCUGUAAGGAAGUUCAUCAGAAGAACUCGAGCCGAGGAAAUACAGGAGGCCGAAACUAUCGCAUGUAGACUUGGUGGACAACAACAACAACAACAACAAAAAAACGGAAAUAAAGACAGCAAAGUCAUCCAGAGACAUACUUCACUGUAAAAACAACAGGAUACUGGAUGAAUAAGCCCCAUUAUGGGGGUAAAAAACAAAGAAAAUUAGCUGCUAUAAAAGUCAAAUAAAAACUGUUUCUUUACCUCUUUGUGUGAACUUAUGCGCCUAGUGGAUGCAGAUCGCUUGAUAUUUCCCAAAUAUUGACCCGUUUCAAUGCCAAUUCACAUCUAUGUGCUGAGGUCCAUAUUCCACCGGACAGCCAUUGGAAAAGAGGUAAUAGGUGACUGGUGGAAAGUUCAUGUGCUUCUCCCAAGGCCCAGCUGCAUCACCACAACCCAGCCUUGACUACCCACCAUACUUUCAUCACAAUAAGGAUCUAUAGCUUAAUCUUUGAAAAAAUAUCAUUCUUAUCAAUUCAAAACCUAAUUUGAUCUCCUACAUGCACAUCCUGUCUUUAUGCAAAAUGUUCGCAAGCUUCACCACAUGGCAGUCGAUUCAUGACAACAGACGCCGUCUAGAUGGCGUAGACCAGAUGGAAACCCGACUGCACAGAGAUGGAGAGUUUUGGUUAAAAAAAAAAAUCUCUCAAGAUCCGAUCAAGGGGGAUUAUACAAAAGCCUUGGGCACAUGCACAAAGGUGCUCAAGUGUGGGUUUUAGAGAUCAUAAUCCUGGCAAUUUCGGGUUGGAAGAACAUGACCUACAUCCUAAAACGCAUCUUGAGUUUUAUUUGCGUCCAUGUUAAACUAGGGAGGUAGAAAGCCACUCACAAGCAGAUAUCCGCAUGCAUUUUCACCAACAUGUCUGUGAGGAAAGACAACCAACCACACCACUAAAACUACAAGUAAUCGUAAUGUAUACAAGAAGAACGUCCGCACAGAUUCACCAUAUAGCCAACCUGAGUUUGACAACUAUCUCCCUAAAGGACUGAGAAGCCGUUUGCUUUGCAUACAGUAAGUCAUGUUUGAAUCUCUGUCACGUUACCCAGACUUUUGAAUCUUUCUGGAAAAAGACUGGUCACGUUACUCAGACUGAUACUCAAUACCUCCAUGAAGGCCGGUCCAAGCCACCAGGGGGUUUUGGAGUUUGAACCCUGGCUGUUUGCACAUCCCUUCUCACCCCGCAUGAUGAUGUCAUCCUUUCUGACUUCGAUCCACAAUCUCUGUACGCUGUAUAUCUGUACUCAAACUAUAUUAAUAUUCGCAUUCUCUAGCCAUAAUUGUAUAUGAUGGGAUCGUAUAGCUGAUCCAUAUAAAUGAUCAACCCACUGUUUACUGGUGCUAUUUUGUAGUUUGAUAAUUGCAGGUGUUGACUUUAGAUGCUCUUCCCAUUUGCACAGCCUUGUGACCAUCAUUGUAAUAGUAGGGGUGAGCGGGGCACAAACUAACGCGGGGUUAAUUGUAACGCAGCUACUUUACAUAUUUAUACAAGACUGAGCAAUCUGUGCUUUUGUUCUUUUCUCUUACUAUCAGAAGAUGAUCUCCUGUGAAUUAGCGAAAAGUUUUAAUGUAUUUUGGUUAAAGCAACACCAAAGAGUUUUUUUUACCUUAAAAUAACGCUUCCAAAACAGUUUCAGUCGUUCAUCCACUCUAAACAGGGUGAAUGGCACUUUCACAUUCGCUUUGCAGCCCUCGAUCGGCCAAAACCGCACUAAAGAAGUUUCCAACCGUCGGGUAGCGGUCCUGUAGUCUGAGUGAAUACUACAAAAACUUGCUUUACGGCAGACCUACAAUCCAAUCAGAGCCAGCUAUGCCUCAGUAUUUAUGACAGUGGGUAAUGGACAAUUACGCUUCUAACCUGUAGGGGGAGCAAAGAGCCAAAACUCUUUGGUGUUGCUUUAAGAUCAGGGUUUCCCGCAGCACAUUUCAGUUAAGGUGGGCCGCCUAAGCUUGGAAACCCUACCGCCUUAACUAGGUCAUCCAAAAAAAAAACGCUGCACAAAAGGCCGUCAACUGCAUCUCGGCGAAUAGCGCGUAUGCGCACCACACAGCUGAAAUGAGAUAAGACGUGGUCCGUCAUGUCUGGAGGACAGCCAGUUGAUAAAACGCGUGUCCAUGAGAACUGUAAGUGGACUUAUGUUUUGAGGUUAUUUUUAGCCUGUUAUUGUAUUCGUCUAUAGUUCUAGCAAUUUUAAAGUAAGUUAGCUGGUGAUAUUGUUGUUUAAGCAACCUGCUAGCUAGGGUUCACGUGCCUGUUGAUUAGAUAUAAUUGUUGAGCACUCUUGCUCACUUCAUUUAUGUGCAUUAUUUACAUGCUACAGUAGUUACACUCCUUUAUGAUAAUGUAAUUAAUAUUGGGAAAUAAUCAGUUUUUACGCUAUCUAUCAUCGUUCGCCAGACGUUCUACAACAUCUGCUUUAGUUUGUGUUUAUUAACCCUUUAGUUUCACUUCACCACGCAGCUAUUCCCGUUAGAGGUAAAACAUUGAAUUCAUUAAUAACCUAGGAUGUGUUCAUUUUUUGUCAUAGUUCCUUCAAAAUUAAGUUUUAUCAUGGCGUAUACGCCCCACCCCUUUGAUUUCACACCCUCGGCCCCACCCACCCUACCACCUUAACUAACAAAUUUUCUGUGGGAAACCCUGAAGAUAUUGAACAAAGAGUGUUUUGAAGGCAUAAGAGUACAUUUCUUCAUCUUAUGUUUUUUCGAUUUCUGAGUUGGGUGUGUAAGUCACCAAAUCCAACCUUAUAUUAUUUUAAUCACUGUCUUGUUACCUAAAACAUAACAGCAUUUUAAAACAUGUCAGUAACUGAUAGCUGGGAUUGAAAUCAUUUUUACACAGUGGGGUUAGUUGUAACACAGCGUUACAACUAAGCCGCCAAUACACAAUGAUAAUGAAAUGAAAACAAUGUAAAUACUAUUAAUAUAAAUGAUAACUGAAAUACAAUAUCCGGGGAAAAAAAAAUCACAAUUAUAAUUUUUGUCCUAAUUGUGCAGCCCUUUCAAAAAAAUCUAUUUCUAUGCAUUGAUGCAUAAUACAUGGAUGCAUAUGGAUGGACGUGUGGAUAUCUAUCUAUUAUAGGCAGAUAUAUAAACAAUAUCCACCUUUAGAGGGAUUUUUUCUGAAUUAUUUGUGUUGAAACCAAAUUUUCUAGCAGGUGUUACAACAAACCCUCUCUUUGUUACAAUUAAUCCCACCUAUGGGGUAAGUUGUAACGUUUGCACUCCUGUCGCUUUCGUUCUAAUUGUACAAUAAUGGUAGGUCCCAUCAAGCAAACUUUGAAUGUUCAUUUGUAGCAGAGAGGUGUGUGUUGCUUGUGUAAAAAAAUGAUUAAUCAAACUUAAAUAUUUUUUGAAUGAUAGAGCCAAAGUCAAAAAGCAUUAGGUUGUGCCCCGCUCUCCCCUAUUAUUUUUAUUAUUAUUAUUUCAAUAAUGUAACAGUGUAAGCAAGUAAAAAUGUUUUUUUAUUUCAUGGAUAAAGAAAAAUGAA